GGGCAGCGAACAGAGCAUCAUUCAGAUAGGAGAACAGAGCCUCUAUUACUGACACAGCAUCGAGCCAGCACACCUCCUACCACUAAGACUCAGAAGUUUCCUGGUAAAAGACACAUCAUGAGUGACGAUCAGAGCCUGUCAGAGGUUGAGAUGAGCCCAGUUGGGUCUGAAGAUCCUUCUCUAACACCUGAGCCUUUGGCAUCUCAUGCCCAUUCUGGUCCAGAUGAUGAUGAAGAUGGAAAGGUGAAGAAAGAGCAUGAUUCAGAGGAUGAAAGGUUUCCUGUCUGCAUUCGUGAAGCUGUCUCCCAAGUCUUGAGUGGUUAUGACUGGACAUUAGUUCCUAUGCCAGUGAGGGUCAAUGGUGGCAAUAAGUCUAAGCCACAUGUGAAGCGACCCAUGAAUGCUUUCAUGGUAUGGGCACAGGCUGCUCGCCGUAAAUUGGCUGAUCAGUAUCCACACCUACACAAUGCCGAGCUGAGCAAGACACUUGGCAAGCUUUGGAGAUUGUUAAAUGAAAAUGAUAAAAGACCUUUCAUUGAAGAAGCUGAGAGACUGCGGAUGCAGCACAAAAAAGACCACCCAGAUUAUAAAUAUCAGCCUCGUAGAAGAAAAAAUGGAAAGCCCACCAAUGGAGAGGGAGAUGGUUCCUCUGAAAAUGAGGGAGGUGCUGCUUCCAUACAGGCCCACUACAAAAAUUCCCAUCUGGACCAUAGACAUGGUUCCCCUAUGUCUGAUGGGAACUCAGAACACUCCACAGGACAGAGUCAUGGUCCUCCCACCCCACCAACGACACCUAAAACAGAACUUCAGGGUGGAAAAUCUGAAGGAAAGAGAGAUGGAUCUCGUUCACUAGCAGAUGGAGGCAAACCACACAUUGAUUUUGGCAAUGUUGAUAUUGGGGAAAUAAGCCACGAUGUUAUGUCCAAUAUGGAGCCGUUUGACGUCAAUGAGUUUGACCAGUACCUUCCCCCUAAUGGUCAUGCAGCACACCCAAGUCAUAUUGGGGGUUACACUUCAAGCUAUGGUCUCAGCGGAGCUUUAGCUGCUGGCCCCUCUGCUUGGGCUCUGGCAAAGCAACAUGCUCCCAGUGUGGCAGACUCAAAAGCUCAGGUGAAGACGGAAAACUCAAGUACCAGUCACUAUACAGAGCAACCGUCCACAUCACAGCUGACCUACACCUCACUGGGGUUGCCACACUAUGGUUCAGCCUUCCCCUCCAUCUCAAGGCCACAGUUCGACUACUCGGACCACCAACCAACAAGUUCUUAUUACAGCCAUUCUAGUCAGGCCUCUGGGCUCUACUCGGCGUUCUCCUAUAUGGGCCCUCCACAGCGUCCUCUUUAUACUGCAAUUUCUGAUCCACCCGUUGUGGCUCCAUCACAUAGUCCAACACAUUGGGAACAGCCUGUCUACACCACUCUGUCGAGACCAUGAGAAUUACAGAGAAACAGGCACAGGAGGCACAUCUCUCGGAGAGAACUGUGCUCCGAUGGGGUCCUCCCACAGCUCAAAUCCCAGGUAGAAUCCGGAUUCCAUGAGCACCAGGAAACUGUAACUGGUUUCUACGGGCCACUGAGAAAGACGGUGACCAGGGACAAAUGGGCCUAUUCUCCUAAGUAAAAACAAAACUCCAGUGUAAAAAUGGUGGGCUAGAAUAGCAGGGCAAUGCAGGGAUGGGGGAAGGGAAUAAAGAUUAUACACUGAUUAUGAACUAGUGUCUCCCAUAUUAGAGGAGGAAGCUGCAACAUCUGACUUUGUAAUGGCUUUGAUAUUAGGCGCCAGAUUGGCUGGCAGAAUUGACUAUGCACAGCCACUGGAUGCAAAAAAAAACACAAGUAUCUGUCUGAAUGCAGCUUGACUUUCUCAUCCAGUUGACCUCGGCUGCUAAACAGUUGAAAGAAGGGAUAGUCCAUGCAUCACUAAUCUACUUAACAACUUGGGAAUAAACUGAUUCUUAGUUUCUCCGAGUCACUUGUCCACAACAUACUAAGACGAAUAGUAGUUUAUGAUGGAAAAUCUGAUCCAGUUCUUGUUUUAUCUCUCCAAAUCCCACGUGCAUGGAUAGCGAGCAAACAGAACUGCAUAGUAAUAUUCCUGAAGAACUAGAACAAGUGAAGGCAGGAGAGAGUUCACUGAAAAGUAAUCCACUCAUUGUGCAGUGUUCAGCACAAUAAGGUGACAAACAGCUCCAAUGGGAGUUAGCGUUGGGUGUUUCAAGAUGGCCAACAUUUGGCUUGCAUAUUCAUCCACAGUACUGUGCAAUGCUCAGAAAAUGUCUUAAACAAUAUAGCAUUUGUUUAUUACUUUGUCUACAUGGUAUUGCUAAUGGUAUGCAUUCUGAAUGAACAAAUCCAUGUUAAUGAAAGACACGGUACUGGUAUUCCAUUCACAACAUCUAGAAUGGAGAAUACCUGGGCUGUCCAUUUCCUACCUAGAUCUUUAGGGGUAGUUGUGUCACCAUGACCUAGAGGAAGUACAGAAAAGCAAGGCCAAACAAAAUCAUAUAUUGAGCUCCAUCAAAUAAUUGCCUUCAAUAGAUACACUUGGACUUCACGGUCCCACUACUGUAGAAUGGAUUUAACAGCUUCUUACUUGUCACAUGUAACAAAUCAGUUACGGUUCUGAAAUAUAUUCCUGUCUUUGAUCAGGAACCUUGUGUGGAAGUUUACAUAUUUUUAUAAUGUCUUAGAAUGUCAGUGAUAGCUGUACACAUGAUAGUACAAUAUUCUUGUAGAUGUCUAGCAUUUUCACUUGUUAGCAUUUAUACAAGCCCAUUUAGCUACCUAAUUCCAGAAUUCCGGCUUAAAAUAAUCAGUAUACAAGAUAAAGCGAGUUCAGUCACAUUAGGGGAGAAUGCUGAAGACAGUCCACUUUGCAUUUUUCUCCACUUUCACUUAAAGGGGUUCUCCUCUUUGGACAAUCCUGACAUGCUAAGUGGGUCCCUUGACAAUAAACAGAUUAGAAAGUGUUUCCAAAUGAUCAUGUUUAAUCUGUAGUAAACCUGGCAGUGUUUGAUUCCCUGCAGUGCCACCACAGGAGAAGUGAAGUAUGACACACUGCUCAUUCAGAUCAAUGGCCUGUCUGUGUAAUGCAGAACACCACAGGUCCUCCAGAGAGAAAAAGAGACUACUCUUUAUAACUCAGAAUUCCCUAAUAGGAUAAUGGGUUUUCUAAACUGGACAACCCCUUUAAAACAACACUAUUUACUGGCAUUUCUCCUAACAGGAUACUAUGAAGUAUGUUUAUCAGGAUGAAAAAAAUGGAAACAGUAAAGGCAAUAUGUAAAUAUGAAAAUAUAUAUUUAAGUAUAUAUAUUUUUGUUUUUGACAGGUGUGACGAGACAGGUGCUUUUAUACCAAAUAAUGUCUCGGUAGACUUUGGUUUAAUCAUAUUUGUUUCAAUUUAGGGUUUUUUGACAUGAAGAGGGACAGAAAUCGAUGAGCCCAUUUGGGGUUAAGUUAUUUGAUGCUUUGUCCCCUGCCCAGAUUAACCCUAGUGUAUAACAACAAUUUGUCCCUUCCUCCAUCGGUCUUUAUUCAGCUAGAGGCUUUGUUCUCAAUGUGUCUUUUUAUGCUCAUUAUGUGUAACUGUAUCUAUCUUAUUUAUGUAAAUAUUAUACUAUCUUACCCUGUUCUGCUGACAUGUCAUUCUUUUUAAUUGUGCAUAAACAUAUACAAGAUAAAAUAUAUAAAAAUAAAAAAGUUAAGUUUUCUGGAA